ACAAGAUCCGUGAACAAUCCUCCGUGAAUGAAAGGAACGUUCAGCAGUUGAUCGGGAGAAGAGGAUCCUUUUUCUGCUUAAGACGCCAAGUUUCCAUGGAGGCAGUUUCAUCUCUCAGCCUCAAGCGAAGAUUCGAGGAGGUGGACAGUGGCUCUCCAUACUCUACGCCCAAGGACUCAGACGAUGAUAUCUCCAGCAGUGACAGCGCUGACAGCUGUGAUAGCCUCAACCCCCCCUCCAGUACUGCACUCAUACCGACCUCCAUCCUAAGACACAAGCCCUCUCCAGGCCGGAAGCGGGUGCGGUUUGAUGUGGUGACAGUGUACUACUUCCCCAGGCAGCAGGGCUUCACCAGCGUGCCCAGCCAGGGAGGCAGUUCCCUGGGCAUGGCUCGCCACCACUGCUCCAUCCGCAGCUACACCCUGGGAGAGUUUGCCUGCGAGCAGGAGACCAGUCACCGCCACGCCCUGCGCCAACACCUCCGCCAGGAGAAGCUCAACGCUCGCAAGAUGAAGCUGACACGUAAUGGUACGGUAGAGUGUGCUCAGGCUGACCUGCUGACCCUCGACAAUGUAUCAGACGAUGACCUUGACGUGGAGGGGGUGGAGGUGGAUGACUGCUUCUUCCUGCAGCCACUGCCCACCAAACGGCGCCGCGCUCUCCUCAGGGCUUCUGGUAAUGCCCGCAUAGAUGCCCGGGAGAAGGCUGAGCUACGGACCAUCAGGCUGUCCAGGGAGGAGUGUGGCUGUGACUGCCGCUUCUACUGUGACCCCCGCCACUGUGGCUGCAGCCAGGCUGGCAUCAAGUGCCAGGUGGACAGGAUGUCUUUCCCCUGUGGCUGCUCUCGGGACGGCUGUAGGAACUCGGCGGGCCGCAUCGAAUUCAAUCCUCUGCGUGUGCGAACACACUACCUGCACACCAUCAUGAAGCUGGACCUGGAGAAGAGGAGGCUGCUGGGGCAGCGGUCGGGUGUUGGGGAGCAGUAUGAAGAGUCUGACCUGCUCUCCUCCCCCUCCUCCACCAGGCCUCCCUCCCCAGACCCUGACCUGUCCACAGUGGCCCAUGGCCUGGACUCUGAGUUAGAGACAGAGGAGAGAGAGAUCCAGAUGGUCCUGGAGGCUCAGGACCUCCUGACUGAGCAGGCCUGCCUGGAGCGGGAGAACGAGAUCGCCGUGCUCCACCUGCAAAGUGCCGAGGAGCAGGAGAGGAUGAGGGAGGAAGAGGAAGAGGAGGAGGCGCAGAGGGGCAGGGGGGGAGCAGGUAGCCUGGGGGAGCAGGCUCUGUGCCUCCUGCCUGGGGCCCUGCAGGGGGAGCUGUCUGGGGAGCCUGGGGUGGGGGUUGGGAUGGAGGGUGUCCCUAUCUCCCUCCUCCAGGGCCCAUUCCCCACUGGGGCUGCCCUGCUCUGCAUCACAGAGAACCAGGAGGGAAAUUGGGAAGGGGAAGGGGACAACCCUCGUGGUGGCCUCAAAGACCCGGCCUCCUCCCUGCUAUACUACCAGUUAGGUCCCAUGGAGAACGAGCCGUUUGAGGAGUCUCAGCCUGUGGAGGAGGAGGAGUGUGUAGAUAAAGAACCAGGGGGAGGAGAGGAGCAAGAGAGGGUGGAGCAUAGAGGUAUUACCUGCGGGCAGGAUGAGGGUGAGUUUUCGCCUCCGGUGGCUCUGUGCACAGAGAAUGGCGUGGGGGCUGAGGAGGCUAAGGAGGUACCAUUCAGCCCCCAGCAGAGCUCCUCAGAAGGGCAGUGUCAGGAAGUGGCCUGUCUGGCCACAGGAGAUAUGUACCCACCACUGCCCCCUGAGGUUUAGUACUAGCACCUCUGCAGAUGUUUUGCACAAUAGCUUUAUUUUAAGCUGAAUAAAGCCUACACGACAGGGAUAGACAGUGUAGUUAUCAAAAAUGAGUAUGAUGUUACAGGUUAGAAUUCAUAAUAAUAACCAUCAUUACUACGAUAAUCGCUUUGAAAAAAAUGAGCAGUUCCAUUAAAAACUAAAGUAGGGAAAGUCAUCCUGAAAGCACACACAGAUCUUUCCCUGCAGCAGUACUGUUGUUUCAGUUAUAUGUCAAUGAAAUGCUCUUAUUUUAAAGGGGUGGAGAUCAUGGGACCUGUCCCAAAUGGCACCCUUUUCCCUUUUAUAGUGCACUACUUUAGAUCGGGCCCAUAGGGCUCUGAUCAAAAGUAGUGCACUAUGUAGGGAAUAUGGUGCCAUUUGGCAGCCAUAUUGGCUUUAAUGAAAGAAAUUACAUGUUUGUGUGGGAGGUGUAAUUGAGUCAUUGAGAACUAACUUGUGUUGUUUUUAGUUCCCGGCACCACAAAGAGACAAUGUGGUGGUGUGAUCAUUAACAUUGGCUCUGGGCCUUUUCAUUUAAAAAAUGUUUUUAACCUUUAUUUAACUAGGUAAGUCAGUUAAGAACUAAUUCUUAUUUACAAUGACGGCCUACCGGGGAACAGUGGGUUCCUGCCUGGGUCAGGGGCAGACCUUGUCAACUCGGGAUUCGAUCCAGCAAACUUUUGGUUACUGGCCCAACGCUCUAACCACUAGGCUACCUGCCGCCCCUCAAGGGAGCAUUUCAGAAUCAUUCAGUGGAUUCGAGUGGCUUGAUUAAACAAGGGAAAGGGGGAUACCUAGUCAGUUGUACAACUGAAAGGAGGUGGGGUUAAGAAGAAUAUGUGCCCUGUUCUAUACUGUAGACCGAUAAAAUAAACAACAGUUGUGUUAAAAAAAGUGUGAGUAUUUAGUGAGCAUUGUAAAUGUCACGUUAGUCUGGUACACUUCUUACAGCUGUUCGUUUUGAAGCCAAAUUAGGGCCACUGGUAGUAUCUAUUCCCCACCUCCCCCUCUGACUGAGAAUAGACCUAAAAAACAAUCCUGGAUAUACUUGUUUUUGGUGUACUGUAUAAGAGUUUGCAAUGGGCAAAGCAGAGCUGAAAGAGCUGCUUGUAUGAUCUAUAUGCACUUUGUGGUCAAUUAGCAUAGGCACAGGGUGAUAUGGGCCGCUUUCUGCAUUGGGGCAAAAUGGUAAAACAUUUGUUAAAAUCCGAAGGUUUGCACCGGCUUCUCUUUCUAAAUAGCGUCUCUCCGGGUAUACCUGUCUUAGACCUCUCACGCAAGCACAGUGUAUUUAUUAAAAGACAAUUGACCUAUAAUAGUAACCAUUACAAUGUUAUAGUGAUAUAUUACACUUCGUCUUUGUAAAAUUGUGAUGCUGUUGAUAUUGAGCGCAAGAAGUCUUUGAUCUCUGUUUUAUGCACGACUGAAAGAAACCUGUCUUUGUUUUUAGUUAGCAUGUCAGAUCAUCGUACAGGUGGUCAGAGUUCAUGUGAGGAUGGAAUAGACCUCAUAUAAUGAGUCUGUAGGGGCAAAGCUCUACACUGUAAAAACAAAUCUAGUUCUUUCAACUAAUUAUUAUUAUUAAGUAACUGGUUCCACAGCUGUUUUUGUGUUUACCUUUUGUUCCAAGUGGUACCUGAACCCCAACAAAUGGAAUAUACAACAAAUUGUAUGUUAAACGCACGCAGCGCUUUUAUCAUACAAUAUUUUCAAUUGACAUAUUUGACACAAGUUGAAAUACAUGAUUAUAUUGUGCAUGUUCAUUCAUACAGUAAUUCAUAUUCAACAUGGCCUCAGCUGGGAUUGAAAAUUACAACUUCUUGGUGCACAGAAUUCUAAUCUACCUGCUACACCACCUUGUCUGUCACAAUGACUGUUUUGCUACACCUUGUACUUCAAAGUAAAUCUCAGUUUGAAUAAAAAUGUACACUCAAUAAAAACCUGUAUUUAUCAUAGUGAUUAUGGAGUAAUAUUAAAACAGAGUAAUAUCCCUCACCAGCAUGACAACUAUACAGAAAAAACUAAAAUUGCUGAAAUAACUACAUCAAAUCAAUGGUGAGAGAAUAGUCAGAUGAACUGAUAAUUGACAUAUAUAUGGUGGUGUAGCAGGGAGGUCGGAUUGUCAUGAUCCAAGAGGUUGUGAGUUUAAAUCUCAGGUGAGGACAUAUUGAAUAAUAAUUUAUUUAUAAAUGAACAUGCAUAAUGUAAAAUAUGUACAUUGAAAACAUUGUACGUGAAAAGUACUGUGUGUGUGUAACCAGUUGCACAGAUGUUUUUAGUUAACAUGCCCAAAUAACAAUUUAUAGUUGAAUGAACAAAGAGUUGAGCCAACACAUUUUAAAUGGACAGAAUGUUUUGCCCAGGUUUUCUUUAAGUUUGGGCCAACAUUUUUGUUUAGUUCCUGUAACACAUGGACCAAAAAAGUUGAGUAAACAAAAGAACAGCUAUGGAACCAGUUACAGUUGAAGUCAGAAGUUUACAUACACUUAGGUUGGAGUCAUUGAACUUGUUUUUCAACCACUCCACACAUUUCUUGUAAACAAACUAUAGUUUUGGCAAGUUGGUUAGGACAUCUACUUUGUGCAUGACACAAGUAAUUUUUCCAACAAUUGUUUACAGACAGAUUAUUUCACUUAUAAUUCACUGUAUCACAAUUCCGGUGGGUCAGAAGUUUACAUCCACUAAGUUGACUGUGCCUUUAAACAGCUUGGAAAAUUCCAGAAAAUGAUGUCAUGGCUUUAGAAGGUUCUGAUUGACAUAAUUGACAUAAUUUUAGUCAAUUGGAGGUGUUCUGAUUGACAUAAUUAACAAUUUUAGUCAAUUGGAGGUGUACCUGUGGAUGUAUUUCAAGGCCUACCUUCAAACUCAGUGCCUCUUUGCUUGACAUCAUGGGAAAAUCAAAAGAAAUCAGCCAAGACCUCAGAAAAAAUAUUGUAGACCUCCAGAAGUCUGAUUCAUCCUUGGGAGCCAUUUCCAAAUGUCUGAAGGUACCACGUUCAUCUGUACAAACAAUCGUACGCAAGUAUUAACACCACGUGACCACGCAGCCGUCAUAUCGCUCAGGAAGGAGAUGUGUUCUGUCUCCUCGAGAUGAACGUACUUUUGUGCGAAAGGUGCAAAUCAAUCCCAGAACAACAGCAAAGGACCGUGUGAAGAUGCUGGAGGAAACAGGUACGAAAGUAUCUAUAUCCACAGGAAAAUGAGUCCUAUAUCGACAUAACCUGAAAGGCCGCUCAGCAAGGAUUUGCCACUGCCCCAAACCGCCAUAAAAAAAGCCAGACUACAGUUUGCAACUGCAUUUGGGGACAAAGAUCGCACUUUUUGGAGAAAUGUCCUCUGGUCUGAUGAAACAAAAGUAGACCUGUUUGGCCAUAAUGACCAUCGUUAUGUUUGGAGGAAAAAGGGGGACGCUUGCAAGCUGAAGAACACCAUCCCAACCGUGAAGCACAGGGGUGGCAGCAUCAUGUUGUGGGGUGCUUUGCUGCAGGAGGGACUGGUGCACUUCACAAAAUAGAUGGCAUCAUUAGGGAGGAACAUUAUGUGGAUAUAUUGAAGCAACAUCUCAAGACAUCAGUCAGGAAGUUAAAGCUUGGUCGCAAAUGGGUCUUCCAAAUGGACAAUGACCCCAAGCAUACUUCCAAAUUUAAGGCAAAAUGGCUUAAGGACAACCAAGUCAAGGUAUUGGAGUGGUAAUCACAAAGCCCUGACCUCAAUCCUAUAGAACAUUUGUGGGCAGAACUGAAAAAGCGUGUGCGAGCAAGAAGGCCUUCAAACCUGACUCAGUUACACCAACUCUGUCAGGAGGAAUGGGCCAAAAUUCACCCAACUUAUUGUGGGAAGCUUGUGGAAGGCUACCCAAAACUUUUGACCCAAGUUAAACAAUUUAAAGGCAAUCAAAUGCUAAUUGAGUGCAUGUAAACCUCUGACCCACUGGGAAUGUGAUGAAAGAAAUAAAAUUAUCAUUCUAUACUAUUAUUCUGACAUUUCACAAUCUUAAAGUAAAGUGGUGAUCCUAACUGACCUAAGAUAGGGAGUUUUUACUAGGAUUAAAUGUCAGGAAUUGUGAAAACCAAAUACAUUUAAACUCAGUUUAAGGUGUAUGUAAACUUCUUACUUCAACUGUCCUUAGUAACAAUUAGUUGAAACAACUAUUAAAAAAAAUUACAGAGUAGGAUUCUCUAUGAAACACAGCUAUUUUACGUCAUAAGAUGUCAUUUAAAAAAUAUAAUUUAAAGAGUUAAAAGAAAAGGAAAGCCUGAGGUGUUAAGUAUUAUUACAGAAUAAUAAUGUAAAGAGGAUAUGACAAAACCCGAAUUGUAGCAGUUUUGUUGUGUAUAUGUGUGUUUGUUUGAGUGUGUGUGCGUGUGUGUUGGGGGCAAGGGAGUGAGGUAUGCAUAUGAGUAGUCAUAUUAUUUCCUAAAAGGUGCUGUUCUUAUAGGUUUACAAUAAUACAAAAAUCCUGCCAUUACACAAAAUAUUACUUUGAGGACUAAGUGUAUCUUGAUGGACAUUGAAUCAUGGACGUUUCCGAUUGAAAGUUUGAAAUCCACAGAAAAUGCAUUUUAAUCAACCGUUUCUGUGGUGAGGGAAGCAUUAUUUUAAGGCGUCUGAGAGAAUUAUGGAAUGACAUACUGUACAUGUCAGUAUAUAUAAUCACAAUCCUAUAACAUUUAUUUUUUAUUUUAAAUGUAUUUUUAUGCUGUGUCUGUUUGUACUGACCUCUGUAUGUGAGUGUGCCGACACAUCGUGCACAUUGUCUUCAUCCUUUCCUGAUGUUGUGCUCCUUUAACUGAUUAUCUAUUUUAAAGCUUGUUGCCAUCUUGCCCAGUGUAUUGUGUAUACUCUUAGAAAAAUAGGUGCUAUCUAGAACAAAUCUGGUUGAAAACCACUGCUUUGGUGCAAC